AUGUAACAUUUAAUGUAAAUGCAAAUUUAAAAAAAACAUGAGUGUGAGGCACUGUAUGCACAUCAGCUCAAAUGAUAAAACUAGCCGGAACUACUGCUAAAUGAGACAGGCCUUAGUGGGAGGAAAAGAAAUGGAUCAUAUUUCAGUUGGCAGAUGAUCGCCCUACAUUUUUUCCCUCCACAAAAAGUCAGAGAGGAAGUUGUGAUCCUAUAGCCUAGUCAGAAAAACUCUGUGUUUUUGUAACUCAAGUCUCAUUUGAGCUCUGUAGCCUCCCCUCUCCCUAGCACAUACACAGACCCCAAAAUAAUGCAUAACCAUAAUGCAUAAUGCCCUCCUCACCAAAGGCCAAAGAGUCCUGUCCUCUUUUCCCCCAUAUGGAAAUCACUGAAGACUGCUAUGGGUGCGGUGUGCCUUGUUACUUGUUUUGUUUUUUUCAUUCUGAGGAAGUGCCUCUCAGAAAGUAGGCUACAUGCACAGCAGCUCAGAAUUUUCUCUACCAUUGAGAUGACUGUACAUGUGGUUUCUGAGGCUAAACUUUCAUAUUUUUAAGGCUGUCUACUCAUUGUUAAGCUCUCUUGUAUGACUUACCAAUGUUAAUGUUACUUGAGUGGCCUGUAAGGUCAAUUUACUGAUAAAUUCAAAAAGCAGGAAAGUCUGGAAAACUUAGAAACUGAGGAUACAAAAUUAGAUUUAGCUAUUCUUGUAAACAAAGGGUUUAAUACAGUUAGAUGUAGACCGUUGUUGCCUGAUUUAAUUAAAGCAGUUGCGUCGGCUAGCUUAUUGCAUGAUGAUGCAUGUAACAAUAUUGUACUUCGUAGCCAGAAUGUGGAAUGUUCUAGUCAUAAAUUGUUCCAUCAGAUGACCAAAUCCCACUGAUUCGAGACGAUUUCUAGUCUUCUUCACCGGAAGAAAUGGCGCGCAUUCGUAUCUGUAAUGGCGCCUCUGACAUCUACUGAAACUGCGCAUUGAGAAAGCAAAGGACUAUGAGCUAAUACUGUUGUUAUAAACAUUGCUAAUACGUUGUGGCUGUUUUUAGUAAUGGGGCUUAGACGGAACCUUCGGCUGGCGCCUUGUGUUGAUGCUUUAAGUAAUCUAGAUUCACCAUUCUCCAACACAUGUGGUUUUAUGUUUAAUUUCGCGAGAUAUUCAGACAUUUGUCAAAAAGCGUAGGGGUAAUGACUCUUACAGGUAAUCCAUAUUCAUCCGCUUUAGCUAGUUGCUUCACCACCAACACGCAGCACACAAGCUGUUACCCGGAUGGAACUGUCAUGGCCGCCGUCACUGACCUGCUAGACUGAAGAGAAAAGAAAGGAAACUGUGAGUGGAAACAUGGAGACUGACGUGGCAAUGCCAGACGAUCCCCUAGAGAAAGAUGAGGGCAGCAAAGACGCAGAAAAAGAUGCAGAACCCAUGAAAGACCACAAAGAGCUUCCUGAACAGCUUCCUGAUAGGCAGUACAUUAACCAGGGUGGCCAAGAUGAAGCAUCCGUUGAAGAGGCAGGUACUGAUACCUCGCAAACAGCCAGGAAAGCCUCCAAGAAAUCACCUUGUAAGAUGCAGCAGGGAGCUGUUUUCUCUGGGAAUAUACUCAGCUUCGGUUGUUCUGAAUGCAAGGGUGACACAACCUAUAGCCCAAAUGACUUGCUAAAGCAUUUUCAGGGAUCUCACAAGGGCACCCUCCCCACCUAUCCAUGUGACUUGUGCAGUUUUGUCACCAAUGAGUUCUCCUCCCUUCAACGUCAUCGCAUCGGGCACCGGAACCCUCAGGUCACAUGUGAGAUCUGUAAUGAUGGUGUGCAGUACUCCUUGCUCUUGUUAACCAGACACUAUAUAAUGUGCCACAGCCAAAACGGACAGUUUCACUGCGAGAAAUGUGAAUUCUCCACAAGAGAUGCCGGCACGUUCGUACAACACAUUCACUCUCACAAUGAGGGAAGGCACAAAUGUGUUAAAUGUCAGUAUGAUAGUCCCUCACGAAGGGAGCUCCAGAGGCAUGUUUUAGUCCACUCCGCAACCUUCCCCUUUACUUGUCACUUUUGUGGUUAUGGAGCUGCACGAAAAGACUACCUUACAAAGCACAUGGCUACUGCCCAUUGUGAAGAGAAUGACCGGAAAAGGUGGAGAAUGAUUGAGGAGAAACCAUGUGUGACUUCCCCUCCGGGGCUGAAACUUCUUCUGAAGAAAGGUCCUGUUGCAGGGGGAUCUAGAGAGCCACAGUGGAUGUCUAAACUCCAUACUCUUCCUGGUGUGGGUCUUUUGGAUCAAAAUGGGAGACUCUACAAUCCUGAGAAAACUUUGGAAGAAACCCAGCAAUUUCUUGAAAGGGCUGUUAGGGUCAAAAAAGAAAACAGUAUGUGGAUGAAAAGUGCUGUCAAGACAGAGCCGCAGUGCUCAUAUCCCUCCUCACCAGCCACACCCCAGCCCAAACCACCAGAGACGGAUUCUAGUCCUGGCUCGGGUCUUCUCAAUCCCAACAAUAGCAAUGGAUUAACUGUUCUCAUGGUCAAGAAUAAAAUCUCUAUCCCCCCGAAUUGUACCACAAAAGUCAUGGGUUUCAAAAUGGUUGAUGGUAAAAAACAUUUGGUUCUCAAAGUCAUACCAACAAAGCAAGAACCAUCUUCUCAUUGUGAGGGGUCAACAGCAGAAAAGGAAUUGGACUCUCAGUCUACUGAUGACACAGCUAAUGAACCUAAAUAUCCAGAUUCUUCCGAUGAUGGAGAAAAAUCAUAUAAUUCCCCCUGUUCUGUCGUCUCUUCACCACUUGGUUCUCUUCAUAGGCCAGAUUCUUUGGAAUCCAGCACAGCAGGGACAACAAAUGACCUUGCAAAGACAAUGAAGGGUGUUGAUCUGGAUAAUGACAUUGAUGAGGAGUUGCCUAUGGAAGUAGAGUGUAUUGGAGGUGCAGAGCAAUCUAGGAAAUGUAUCAAAGAGAAUUAUACCGCGCAACAUGAAAACUGUUUGGAAGACAUUCCUUUUUUGCCUUUAUCUCAGUACGAAAGCACUAUUUCUUCCCCGACCAAAGAGUCAAAAACUACUGUGCAUCAAUCAAAUGGAGGGAUUCACUCUGAGAACAGUUCAUCUGAUUCCGACCCCUCAAAGUCAACUAUAGAGUCCUCACACUUGGACAGACCUCCAGAUUCCAAUGAGAACAAACCCCCAAUUGCACAUUCCACUUUGAGCAAAGCUACAGUUUUAGGUUCACUGACAGGAAGCAACGCGCCUUCAGAAUCACUGGGGAACACUGUUGCAACCUCACAUUCCUUUUCAAACACGACCACAUUGUCAGAAUCAGUAAUGGACACACUUUUGGAUGCAGCCGAGGAUAUGACUAUGCCUUCACAUUCAGCAGAAAAUGACAUCUCACCUUCAGAUUCACCCAAAGCUUCAAAGAUGGACUCGGAGUCAACUCAGUCAGAUUCUGUUUAUAGUAAGGACACAUCUGUUGAUGCAACUGUGGACAGUAUCGCAUAUUCAGGUUCUACUGAUAAUGAGCCCACACCUCCUAAUAGUGAGAUUAUACCUUCAGAUUUAACUGAGCAUGAGGAAAGACCUUCAGAUUCAGCUGAAGGUAAGGCCACACUCUCAGAUUCAGCUGAGGUCAAGGACAAAAUAGCAGAUUCCAUUGAGGAUGUGGUCACUCCACCAGAUUCAGUAGAGGGUUGGGUAACACCCCCAUAUUCAUUUGAGGUUAAGGCUACACUUUCAGAUUCAGUUCAUAAGGCCACAUUUUCAGAUUCAAUUGAUAGGUCCAUACUAUCGGAGUCCACUGAAGAGACAGACAGACUUGAUUCAAUUGAGCGCAAGUCCAGACCUUCAGAAACAAUUGACGAUGAUAGCAUACCUUCACAUUUAAUUGAGGAUAAUGCCCCACCUUCAGAUUCAGCCGAGGAUAGGGGUGCCCCUUCAAAUUCAGUUGAAAGCCCAAGUUUAGAUUCAGUUGAGGACAAGGUCAUGCCUUCAGAAUCAGGUGAGGACAAGGAUGCAACUGAGGAUUCCAUUGAGAAUAUGGAAAUACUUUUGAAUUCAGAUGAGAAUAAAGGCAGAACCUCUGAUUCAAUUGAUGAUAAAGACACACCCUUCAGUUCAGAUGAGGAUAUAAGGAUACUUUUAGUUUCAACUGAGGGAAAAGACAUAAAUUCAAAUUCAGUUUGUAAGAUCCAUUCCCCUGAGUCCUAUGAGAAAGCUAUGUCAUCAGAAUCUAGUGAAGAUAAUAUCAAGCAUUCUGAUAUCACUGAUGUGGCCUCGCCUACUGAUUUAUCUGAGAAAGCCAGAACUUCACAUUCAGCUACAACCACAGGUUCAGCUAUGUCUGAGACUGUCCCUGUGGUGGUGGAGGAGACCAUACAUGCAAAUUCCAAUGUAAAUGAGACCAGAAUAGCAGAGCCCUCUGCUGAAAAGGCCAUGACCUUGCAAUCUACUUUGGACGGACUCGCACCCACAGAUGUAAGUGCAGCUGAGAUUAAGCCUUCAAGUGGAACAGAAGAGCCAGAUGCUCCCUCCACUUCUGCAAAGGAUGAAAUUGUGCUCAAUGAGGCAAUUAAUGCAAAUCCUGUUCUUGAUACUGUACCAUUAUCUGUAGUAUCCACAGAUAGCAAAACUAUACCAUCAAAACCACCCUCUGACACAAUUCUGCCACCUGAUGGCAUAGUUGAAAAGGCUACUCCUCAACUACUGUCUACCACUAGCAACACCGACAGGAGUGAUAGUGAAAUAUCCAACCCUUUGUCUGUCCACAAAGAUUCCAUUGAUGCAGACACAUCUCGGAAUUCAAAGGAGAACAGUCCAUCUGGUUCUGAAAAACCAACAGAUACUGGAAACUCUGAGACCCCUUUAUCUCAUGUUACAGAUAGCAAGGCCCAGUUCCCUGAAAACAACCAUACAGCUUCUAUUGAAUGUUUCAGUGAGGUACAGAACUCAAUUACUUCCCAAGAAAACCACUCUGGCAUUACCAGAAAUGACAGUAAACCCAAUGCCUCUUUAAGGAAUGAAUCUGGUCUUCAUGCAGUUUCAGAAACGGAUCCAGUUGUGGCAGAUGCUGACAGUGCGGUGUUAAAUUCUACAAUGAAUUCCCCAAAUCAGGAAGUCUUCAGUUUCCACAACUACUCCAAGGAAAAAUCUGGUAGUUUGCCUGAUUCGCUUCUGUCAGGUGAUCAGGGUGGAGGGCAGACUCACGAAGUGGAUGAAGAGGAAUGCAGCGAUCUCAGGAUUUCUGCUGACUGGAGCUUGACAUUAGAUGCCUCUCCUCCUGCUCAAACAGGCCACUGUGGAGAGGAGGAAGCUGAUGGGAGUAAAACGCUGAGUUCAGAUGAGGGCGACCUAUGCAGUACAGCUCCGCUAGAGAGAGUGUCUGACAGUGACAUAGAGGUGGAUGAAUGCAUUGCUGCUGUUGAUGACUUAUCCCACUCUGUAGAAAAACAAUCCAGUGUGCAAAGUACCCCAUCUGUGUCAAGUAAAAUGAAGGAGGAUGCCACAUCUCCUCAUGUCGGUCAGAAGGGACCUGGUAUCAAACAUGAUGUAGCAGUCUUUGGCAGAAUACUUGAAAAGCACUCAGAGGCUAUAAUAAACCACCAGCUUGAAAAAGAGAGAAUGGGAUCCUCGACUGGAACCUAUGAUUCUGUAAGGCCCACAAAAACCACGUUAAAAAUCCUUCAGACGCCAGAGGGUAAGCAGCAAAUGUUUCUUCAGACUCCAGACAACCAGUAUGCGGUGCCAGUUCAGCUCAAAAGUGCCCCUGGUUUCAAACUCAUCACUAAGUCAUCUGCAUCCAAAAUCAAUGUAUCUUAUAUGCAGCCUGGAAUUGAAAGACCAAGUAAAACUACCGGGCUUGCGUUAACUUUAAGUGGUGGCAGACUUGGCGUUGGGGGCAAGACUUCCAGUAGAGGGGACAAAGGAGCUACACAUUUAUCAUCUGUUCAGCUGGGAACCAACAGCAGUGGAGGACACUACCUUGUCAACUCUGCAUCUUUAAAAAGUCCUAUCCUCCUGUCUGGCACUGUUAAGUCUCCUACUGGAGAUCAGACAACAAAUAGGGCACCAACGUGCUAUUUACUUCAGAGGCCACUCCCCGUUAGCCCAGUUUCUGGGAGUUCUAGUCUUGACCCAUCAGGUUCAAGUUCUCAAGCCCAGCAAUCUUCCCGCCCAGACCUGGCUAUGCUUGUGAACGCAUCAGAUAAGACCAGUCCCCUUCAAGCAGGACGACAAGCUUACCUGGUCAGGUACAUCUCUCCUGCCAAAUCAGGAAUACUGCUUAAUAAUGCAGAGGGGAAAACCGCAAGUUCCAACAUGCAGUCUAAUGAAAGCGGGAGGAGCAGGGUGUUCCUUAAGAUUGUCAGAAGCCCCAAUGGCACCAGGUUCCUCACCAAUGUUCCUGGCUCUUUAGGCAAAAAGCCCAUUUAUCUGGCCACGGGAGCUCUUCAGUCCCCAUGUUUUCUGAUGUCUUCAAACAGGUCAAUAGUUAAUGUCUCUGGACUGAAAGCCUCAAACUUACAACAUGGCUCUAGCCGCCAACCAGCCAUGGCAUCACAGUUGUCCGAUACAUUGCCACAAGUGAGACUUCGAGAGGACGGUAUGAUCACACACAAAAAGUCACACCACAUUCUGAAUCAGACCCGGAUGAGCCAAAGGAAGAGGCAGAGGAAGGCCUUGUUUGAUGACUUGUUAGAGACCCCAUCCAAGGCAAGGAGGCUCUCCAGCAGACCAGAGCCGACCGAGUGGGCUCCGGUGCCUAAGGAUGUUGAAAGGACUCUCAGACUCUCCCCCUUUAGUGCAUUUCAGAAGAUUAAGUGUCCCCGUCAGAACCAGCCCGUUGUGGUGCUUAACCACCCCGAUGCUGACAUCCCUGAAGUGGUGAACAUCAUGAAGUCUGUGAACAGGUUUAAAGGUGAUGUCCUCAAGGUGGCGCUAUCCCAAAGAACAGUCCAAGCCCUCUCUGAGCUUAGCCUCUCUGGCAUCCAGAGGCCGAGGCCUAACAUGUCAAAGUCCUCCAUGCCUCAUAGCAGUGCAAGGGCAAGGUUGUUUGGGAGCACAGUGAGGGAGAGGUUCAUCCUGAAAUUGAAGUUAAAAAAGAUGAGCAGAAACCGAUACGAGGUGGUGAAGUCCUCAUCCUGUGGCUCUGCAGAGCAGCCGUCCACUUUUUCCUGUUGGUUCUGUGGUAGAAUGUUCAACAACCAAGAGGACUGGAUAGGCCAUGGUCAACGUCAUCUGAUGGAGGCAACCAGAGAUUGGAAUAAGCUUUUCUAAAGCUGUUAUAGAGCCUAUUGAUUGGGCCAUAUGCCGUCCUUUAAAAAAAAAAAAAAAAAAGAGAGAGACAAAGAAGUUACUUUAUAUUAUUUCAUUUUUGAAAGACAGAUGACAUCUAUAUUAUUUUUAAUCUAUAGUUCUCCAUCCAGAAGCUUUUAUUUGGUAUAUUGGUAUAAUAAAGAGUGUGGUACCUAAACUCAUUUAUUUGUAUAUAAUCCCUUGUAUAUUUAAAUUUUAAACCUUUGUGUUUGUACAAAUGCGAACUGUGAAAACUGGACACACUGUAUGUUAACAGUGCGCAAACUUAGAGAUCACUGGUAUAAAGAGAGGGUGCUGUCUGUCACUUUAAUGCAGACGAUUCACAAAUUACUCAGGUGAUUUCAUAAUCUCUGAAUGAUCCAGUUUGUGUAUUUUGUCCUUUAAAAAAAAUGAGUUUGUAAAAAAUGGUUUAAAUUGAUCUUUGCCCACACAAUGUCAGGAGAUUAACAUUGAUAUUUUAAAUUGUGGUAUAUAAUUUGAUGUAUGUCCCAUCUUUUUCCUUCUGUGUUUUAAACAAACCAUGAGAGUAUCAUUUUAUGGCUUAUUUGUCCGGAAUUGUUGGGAGGAAAUGACUAAGAAAACAAAACACUUUCCUGUGGAAACGGCUAGUUGUCAACAGUUAUACCCAGAAAAUUGUUUCCCAAUUUCACAUUGUGUUUGGAUGUAUUUCCUGAGGGUCUUGUUAAUAUUUUUUGGUGCCAUGCAUCUACUCUGAGUGAACCUUCACGUGGGCCCAGUGUCAUAUGAAAGUAGCAAUACACAAUUCUAGCUUUUAAAUUGUUUUUAAACUUUUUUUGUUUGCUGUAAGUCACAUCAACUCUGUUUUACUUAUUUUAAAAACGAUAGAAAGGUAUUGCUCUUUUCCCUGUUUUCUUGUUGUUGCAAGAGGAGCUAGCAGUGGUGAGUUCAAGAGAAUCUUCUCAGAUGUACAUUGUCCAACAAACCUCAAGGGCCCACUCAAACACUAACUGUUAGAUUUCUUUUUCAUGUCACAGUGCCUGAGUGUACCUCAAAACCAUUCAAGCUGGGCUGGAUGUUAACGUGUGAUGCUGUAUGUUCAACAUAUGCCGGCAAUGUUUUAACUAAAAGAAAACUUGACCUCCCUAUAGGCAUCCGUAACAUGUUACUUAUUUCCUUGUCAUUUUAAAUGCCGCAGUGGUCAUAUUUGUGGUUUUUCUUUCAUUUCUGUGAGAAUUUCAGCUGUAAGCUUGUAUGCGGAAGUGUGGGCUUUCUCAGGAUAUACCAGUUCUUUUAUAAUUAUGUAUGCCAACAUUAAGGUGCUUUCUUUGUUGAAAAAUUCCCAGUGUUUGUUUCUUUUUUUCUUCUAAAAACAAGCCUCCUCAUGUUGACUUUCAUGAAACACAUCAAGAGCAGUUCAACUGGUCAUAAACACAACAGAAGAGUUAUACAUGUUAUUAAACAACACUUCUGACUUAUUGCUACUGUGGAUUAUAACAGUUAGAAAUAGUAGAUCAAAAAUGCUAAAUUGUAAGAUCCUUUGGCUUUAUUUGAAUUGUUUGGUGUCAGAAAUAUUGAAACUAGCUUUUUCUUUUUUUUUAACAUACUCAGUGAAAUUUUGAAAAAUUCUUACAUAAUUUUCCAGUUCCACUUGCUAUUACUAAGCAAACUGAUAUCAGUCACUCCAUACUUCAGUACAUCUAGCUUGCCUUUGUUCGCUCAGAAAAUAGUAUGGAUGUAUGUUGGAAUGGAAGCUUUUGUGCUGUAACAUUUAUGUGAAAUUCUAGAACAGCCACCACAGUUUGGUUCUGCAGAAUACACAAGCAGAGAUUUGUAUGUUUUUACAUGACAACGGUCGCAAAUUAUUACAAUGGUCAAACAGUGAAAUUGUGUGGGCUGAGAAAAGGAUAACCACCAUGCACCAUUUAACGUUCCCAUGAGUCAUUGUCAAUAUAAGUGUGUUUUUUAUUUAUACCGUAUGCUUAAUAUAAAUCCUAGGACAUGAUAAGGUUGACGUCAUUCACAAUGCAUUUUUACUUCUUUUUCACUCUUUCUGUUAUCAUGUGUGCAUACCACCCUUCCCUAAGUUUCUGACAAUCACUGUAACUGACCGUUAAUGUACUGUACUGUUGGCUUGCAUACCUAGCAGAUAUUAUCAGAAGUCCCAGGUUAACCCAUUCACUUUCUUCUGAUACCAUUGGAUUCAGAUCUGCACCCAGAUAAACCAAAUUGACAAAAACUGUAAUAUUUCAUGUAAGGUUGUUGAGACUCAUUUUGGUCUGAGAAACACGUUUAUUUUUGUAAACAAAGUGCCUAAAAUGUGAUGCACCAGGUUGACACUAUUGUACUGUAGUACCUCCUCUUGCAGUUCUCUCCUGAUUAAAUGUAAAUACUUUGAA